AGAUGGGAAAACGAGACAAGAAACAGAGACACCAACAUAGAACCUCCCACAGAGCUGCCUAUCACUACACUGACCAAGGUGAAGAAGGCGUCAGUUUCGAAAGUCAUGCUGCUUCUAAGUUCAAUCUUUCUGAAGAAGAAGAAGAAGAUGAUGAAGUAGAAGAAAAAGACCAAGAUGAACAAGAAGAAGAAGAAGAAGAAGUAGAGACUAAGGACACUGAUGAAUACCCAUCAAACGAUAUGCCCUCAAAGUUUCUUCUUUAUCAACAAUCUGUACAGUCGCCAAAAGGAGAUAUAAGCUAUUUGCAGAAGUUCUUUCUGAUGUAUGUGGGUGGGAGGCAACCUCUCCAUCUCCAGGAAGAUUUUUGUGGCACUGCUCUUCUUAGUGCAGAAUGGCUCCGCACAGACUCUAGAAGGACUGCUGUAGGGUUGGAUUUGGAUGUGGAAGCACUAGACUGGUGCAUGGAGAACAACAUUAAUAAAAUUGGGUCUGAUGGGUAUUCCAGAAUUUCCCUCUUCCAUGGGAAUGUCUUGCAACCGCUCGAGGCCAAGCUGAUUGAGUUUGAGCCCCAAGAGCUGAUAAGAAAUAUUUCGCUCACUCAAAAGACAGAUGUUCCUGAGAGUGGUGGACUUGAUUCUGUUCCCAAAGGGGGUUCUUCUCCACAUAAAGGGAAGUACAUGAAGAACCAUCCGUUGCCUGCUAGAGACAUCGUGUGUGCUUUUAACUACAGCUGUUGCUGUCUCCAUCAACGUGCUGAACUUGUUUUGUAUUUCAAGCAUGUUCUCAAUGUCUUGUCAAAGAAAGGUGGAAUAUUUGUAAUGGAUUUAUACGGCGGUACAUCAUCAGAGUGCAAGCUAAAGCUUCAAAGGAAAUUUGCCAAUUUCACGUAUUUUUGGGAGCAAGCAGAAUUCGAUAUCAUUGAGCGCAAAACAAGGAUUAGUCUCCAUUUCCAUCUCAAAAAGCAGCAGAAGAAACUUCGACAUGCAUUUUCGUACAGCUGGAGGCUGUGGUCAUUGCCUGAGAUUAAAGACUGCUUAAAAGAGGCAGGUUUUCAAUCUAUUCAUUUUUGGUUGCGUGAGAUGCAAGACACCAGAGAAAUCAGAAAAACAGAAGGUUUUGGUGCUGGGCGAGACAUAAAAUAUGAAGAGGUUACGAAAUUUGAGCAACAAGAUGCUUGGAAUGCAUAUGUCGUAGCUGUUGCCUAGCUUCAUCUUAUCAAGUCCCAACUAUGCAACAAUUGCAGAGUUUGCAACUUUGCACUGGCCAGGAAAAACUUCCCUGAGGUUGGUCAUGGUUCUAGUGUAAUGCUAAUAACUUCCGAAGUCAUGGACUCUUAACAAUGAUAUUCUGUCAUUGUGUCUUUUG